AUGCCACGACGGAUAAAAUGGACACAAGAAGAAUUAGAUGCAUUAGAAAAAGGAAUGAACGAACAUGGGACUAAUUGGGAGACCAUAUUGUUAUUUUAUGGUCCACCUGGUGGCCCUUUAAAAAAUAGAAAUAGUAUACAAUUAAAAGAUAAAGCAAGGAAUGAAAAAAGGAGGAGAGAAAAAGAAGGUUUACAACUUGGUAUAUUUGAAAAGGCUACUGGACCUAAUAUAACAUUGCUAACACAUCAAAAUACAUAUGUAUAA